GAUCGCGACCGUUCAAACCUACAGUUGCUAGCCACAGGUAUGGAGAUCAUCUUCCUCGGGACAGGGACGUCGACGGGCGUCCCGUCGAUGCAAUGUCUUCUCAGCGGUAAGAACUGCGCCGUGUGCCACCACGCCCACGCGGUGCCGGGCUCCAAGAACCGGCGCAACAACCCGAGCCUCCUUGUGCGCUACGGCGGCCGGAACGUGCUCAUCGACUGCGGCAAGACGUUCCGCGACAGCAUCCUCAAGGUCUUCCCGGCGAAGAACAUUGUGUCGCUGGAUGCGAUCGUCCUCACGCAUGGCCACGCCGACGCGUGCUUGGGCAUGGACGACCUCCGCGAGCUGCAAGUGUUCCAGUCGACGCGCUGCGCCGAGACGGGCGAAGACAAGAAGAUCGCGAACGAGCCCAUGUACGUGCACUGUCACGCACGCACCAAGGCCGAGGUCGGGCCCAAGUUUGACUACCUUAUGCUCAAGCCAUCGGAAGCCGAAGCGAUCACGUACCGCUGGACGGCCAAGCUCGACUGGAAGCUCUUCGAGGACCUUGACUCGUUCAUCGCAGCGGGCGUCACGUUCACGGCGCUGCCGGUUGCGCACGGAAAAGGGUACCUUUGCAGCGGGUUCGAGUUUGGCGCAGACGUGGGUGCGCGCUUUGUGUAUCUCUCGGACCUCCACGAGCUCCCGGACGCGACGCGGGCGCACCUUCUCGCCAACCCUUCGCCCAUUGACGUGCUCGUCAUUGACGCCAUCUACUUGCACGAUGUGCAUGGCGCGCACCUCAAUCUGCCGCAGGCGAUUGAGAUUGCCAAGCUUUUGCGGCCCAAGAAGACGUACCUUGUGGGCAUGAGCCACGAGUUCGACUACGACGUGCACAAUAGCACGAUCCACGCCGACAUGCUACGCGACGCCAACCUCGACGUCGAGAUGGCAUACGACGGCCUCGAAGUCGUGCUUGGCCACGCCUAG